AUGUCUCAAGAAAAAGAUUCAUCAACCGAUCCAGAAACCGGCUGCAUCUCGACAGAAUGCCAGUGCGAUACUCCCGAUGCAGAAGAUACGGGACCAACCUCGGCAUUCCAGCAGCUGGCCAUCCUUGAUCGGUUUCUCGCUCUUUGGAUCUUCCUUGUCAUGGCGGUCGGGAUCAUACUGGGAAACUUCGUGCCGAAUACAAGCAAGGCAUUAGAAAAGGGGAAAUUCGUGGGCGUUUCGGUGCCCAUAGUCUGGACGGGACUCGCUGGCGGAGAUGGCGAAUACUGCGCGAUUCUGGUCGCCGUUAAUUCGAUCCUGCAGAUGGUUCUGUUUGCACCAAUGGCAAUAUUUUUCAUUCGAGUGAUCGGUGGCUCUGACGAUGGUUUGACCAUUGACUAUUCCUUGGCCGCAAAGAGCGUCGGGGUAUUUCUCGGGAUACCGUUAGGUGCGGCGAUUGUCACUCGUUUCGCACUGCGACUUCUGAUUGGCAAGGAGUGGUAUGAUCGACAUUUUCUGAAACGGAUUGGACCUCUAUCACUCAUCGGUCUUCUGUUCACCAUUUUGGUCCUUUUCGCUUCACAGGGAAGGCAAGUUGUGCAUCAGAUCGUGUCCGUGAUCCGGGUGGCCGCUCCGCUGAUCGUAUACUUCGCGGUUAUCUUCUUGGUCACUCUGGCCGUGACGAGACGCUGUGGCUUCGGAUAUAAACUAUCGUGCACUCAAAGCUUUACUGCGGCUAGUAACAACUUUGAGCUGGCAAUUGCAGUGGCGAUAGCGACAUUUGGCGUAGAUAGCGACCAAGCUUUAGCCGCCACGGUUGGCCCCUUGAUCGAAGUUCCCGUGCUUCUGGGCCUGGUGUAUGUAGUCAAGUGGCUUGCGAGGAGGCAGAGAUGGACCUAG